UGAGUUUCUAAUCUCACUUAUUUAUUUAUGUUCUCUUUUGAACACAGGAAAAGAACAAAAUCUCUUUCUUAUUUUCGCUUGUAGUCGCUUGCUCACGUUUCGUGUCACUAAGGACUUAAAAAAUGCGUUACGUGGCUGCGUAUUUGUUGGCUGUUUUGGGAGGCAAAGCCGCCCCGACCUCCGGAGACAUCGAGAAAAUCCUGAGCUCUGUUGGUAUUGAAGCCGAUGCUGAACGUUUAAAGAAAGUCAUAAGUGAGCUCAAUGGCAAGAGCAUCGAUGAACUCAUUGAACAAGGUCGGGAGAAGCUUUCCUCCAUGCCAGUAGGUGGUGGUGGUGCACCAGCUGCAGCUGCUGCUGGCGGCGCCCCUGCGGCUGCUGAAGAAAAGAAAGAAGAGAAAAAAGAGGCCAAAAAGGAAGAAUCAGAGUCUGAGGACGAUAUGGGUUUCGGUCUCUUUGACUAAGGAAUACGUAUGCCUUACGUAUAAUGAAAUUAUAAAUUUAAAUGUAACAUAUGCAUAAGAAAUAAAGUGAUUUCAUUUAUA